UCAUUCUCUUCGUGUGUGAUGGCUAAGUUGUCUUGGGAUCUGCCUCCGGGGUUCAAGUUCAGUCCGACUGACGUGCAAAUCAUCGACUACUACUUGAGGUCAAAGAUCACUGGGAAUGAUAAAAACCUUUAUAUUACCACUGGGAAUGAUGAAAAGCUUUACUUUAUUCCUGAAAUUCAGUUCUCAAAACUCGAGCCCGGGGAUAUGGCAGGUUUAUCCGGCAUAGAGACAACGGAUAGAGAAUGGUUCUUCUUCUCGUCGCCGGAACUGAAGCAUCCGAAUGGGAAACAGUUUAACAGGAGUACCGAUGCUGGGUUCUGGAAAGUGUCCGGUUAUGAUCAUGAAAUCCGGUCCGGAGCGAGCUUGAUUGGAAAAAAAACGUAUCUGGUUUUCUAUAAGAGGGGUACUGCGGCUUCUAAAUGGGAAAAAACCAAUUGGAAAAGGCAUGAGUACCGCACAACCCUGAAGGAGCUUGAUGGCACCAAACCCGGACAGAAAGCCUUUGUCCUCAGUCGUUUAUUCUAUAAACCUGAGCAAAACUCCAGCAAAGCUAUUCAUCCAAAAAAAAAAAACUCCAGCAAAGCUGGACCUGCCAAGUCUAAAUUAGCACUGGAAGAGCAAGCUGAAGAUCAUCCAACAUCUAAUGAAUCUCUUCAUUUUGAAAUUUCUGAUGGAAUGACAUAUGGCACUUCAGAAUCUCCAGACAAGGGCUGCAAAGCUCGAAAGCGAAAGUGCUCUAGCAAAGCUGGACCUGCCAAGUCUAAACGAACUGCGACUUCAGUAUCUCCAGCACUGGAAAAGCAAGCUGAAGAUCAUACAACAACUAACGAAUUUCUUCAUUCUGAAAAUUCGGACACUAUAGCAAGUGUUGAGUGUAGUGACAGCAAUUCUUAUGCUUACGCUUCAGAGAAUCAAGUGGCAGAAAUGGCAACUGUGAUAGAUAAUGAGGUUGAUCUGCAAUCGGAGACCAACCCUUUGACCCCCAUAACUUCACUCCCAAAUACACCUGCCGUUUCAUCUCCUAGCACAGCUAGAUCUUCUCUUGAAAAAGCAGAGUCUGAGCUAGCACUACGGGCUUCAGUAUCUCCAGCAUUAGGAGAGGAAGGUGACAAUCUUGUCACAAGAUAUUAUCCUAUAAAAACUUUUAAUGGAACGACAUCAAACACUAUAGCAUUCACUGAGUAUAACCAGAUUGGUGAUAAUGCCUACGCUACAAAAAAUCAAGCUGCCCAAGUAACAGCUGAUGAUCAGGUGGUAGACUCAAAUAUGGCCUGUGUCCUACCAGACCUACUAGAUUUAGAUUGGAGGAGCUUUCUCUCUACAUUACCAGCAUCAGGAGAGGAAGCUGACAAUCAUGUCACAAGAUAUUAUCCUACAAAAGCUUUUGAUGGAACGACAUCAAACGCUAUAGCAUUCCCUGAGUGUAACCACAUUAGUGACAAUGCCUACACUACAAAAAAUCACACUGCCCAAGUAACAGCUGGUGAGGUUGAUCUGCAACUGGAGGAAGAACUAGAAAUGCUCUCUGUCCUGAUGCAAGAUCCACUAGGUUGCAACCCUUUGACCCCCUUAACUUCACUCCCCAAUACACCUGUCGUUUCAUCUCCUAACACAGCUAAAUCUUCUCCUGAAGAUGCAGGGUCUGACAAAAGACAGGCUUCAGUAUCUCCAGCACCAGGAGAGGAAGCUGACAAUCAGGUCACAAGAGAUUAUCCUACAAAAAAAGCUUUUGAUGGAACGACAUCAAGCGCUAUAGCAUUCACUGAGUGUAACCACAUUAGUGACAAUGCCAACACUACAAAAAAUCAAGCUGCCCAAGUAACAGCUGGUGAUCAGGUGGUAGACUCAAAUAUGUCCUGUGUCCCACCAGAGCUACUAGAUUUAUAUUGGAGCUUGCUCUCUCACAACCUUGAUGGCGAGGUGCCUUUUCAACAUGGCACGAAUGAUCUAGCCGAUUAUAUCCCUGAAUUAUUGGGUUUAAUACCUAAUUAUCCAGAUGAAUUCCUUCAUAAUGAUCCUAGCAGUCAAAAGAAUCUUGCUUUUGACCGUGAGACAAUGGAAAACAUGGAAUCUGUUAAGGACGACGGAUCACACAGUGCACCAAGUGCAAAAAUGCUCAAUGCACUGUUUGAUCCAACGGUUCAAGAUUCUAUGUGGUCUCAAUAGAUCAAUAGAGAAGGAUUCAUCUGGGGUUGUUAAGGAGGUUCUUCAGUCAGAUCUAGACUCUGAUUGAAGGAGGUCGAUCUAAACCCCAAAAUCUUGAAAACACCAAAAAUUUACAAAAAAAAUUAUUUCCCAACGAGUUAUCUAAACCUAAUCCAAUUCCAGUUCCAGUUCCAAUUUCAAUUCUAAUUCCAGUUCCAGUUCCUAUUCCAAUUCCAGUUCCAAUUUCACCAAAAUUCCAAGGAAAAUCCCCUUUGGAGAUUGUCCAAAAAUAUUCCCCUGGGUAGCAUUUCCCUCCAAUCGAUUUCAAGAAAACUCCAAAAAAAAAAAAAGGAAGAAAAAAAAAGUGAAGAUAUAAAUCUACUGCCUCAAGCCUAAACCCCAAGAGCCCAAACUUUUUAAUCAAGCUGUAGAGUCUAUGACUCAACAGACACCCGAACAGUCCCAUGCCAGCAGGUAAAAAAUCCCAAGGUAUAAACCUAUUUGAAAUCAAUCCUAUUCAUUGAUUCCAAUUAGUUAUUCCUUUCCAGUCUAAGAAUCCCAAAUGUUCCUCCUAAUCCUUUUUCAGUUAACUCAAUUAGAGUUCAAGGUCUCAAGUAGGCCAGUCUUCUCAAAUGUUUACUCAACCAAGAAAAUCAUUUUACUUGGAAAAACCCCAUUUGUGUUUACUGUUUCUACAAUUGAGCCACAACUCUCCCAAGAAAUCAUCCCACUUGCCAUUUCUGCAAAUACUCUCCCUCCAAAGUGGCAUUCAAGUGAUGCCAACAAAUCAUCCCACUUCCCAUCUGUACAAAAACUCUCUCCAAAGUGGCAUUCGAGUGAUGCCAACAGAAUUUGAUCUUUGGCCUAUGGCCACCUUACUUUCUUCAGAUAUGAUUGGUCUGUUUAUUGGUAUCUUCUACCGACGCCCGCACGACGGUGGUUAAAUACCGACCCCUCAGGUUGGUACCACUGGAAGAUUAUCAAGCUUCACAGGUUUUCAAAUUUGAAGAUUAUGUUUAGUGAAUGGAUAUUUGGCCUAUGACCACUUUACUUUUAUCCAAAUGUGAUUGGUCAGUUUAUCGGCAUCUUCUACCGACGACUGCCCGGGAAGUACUAGGGGGUUAGUACUUAACCCUAACUUAGCUUUCCAAAUCCCCUACUUGAAACUUGUAUCAAGAAUUUGAAGUGUAUUUUAAAAUUUGUAUUUCAAAUUUGUUUAAUUUUUCAAGUAUGUAAUGAAGAACUCAAGUAUCCAAAUUCGCUUUGAUAUAUGUAAUUUUAUGUUUAUAUA